CCUUGUGAUCUAAACACCUGUCGUCGGACCCUUAAAGCCGUCAAACCCAUAGAAGCCUAACACGUUUUCUCUAACCGGUCAAAGGGCUGUCGACGCGUCACGGCUGUCUGAAAGAGGACAGGGAACAACAGGCGUUCACAGUAUACACUUGGUGGGCCAGCUACCAAUUUGGUACGUGUCCUCCUAGUUUAUGGAGAGAGUAUGUGCUUCGUGACUUGCACAUGACAUGAGAUCCCCUGUUACGGUUGACGACUAUCGCCGCGAUAGCCGUCCAACAACCGGUUCCGCUCCACACUGCGGUCGAACGCCUUACGUGCGGUCGAAGUCUUCUUCGUCCACGUGGCGUGGCCUCGUGGCUUCUCUUUUCGUAUUUAUACGCGGCCUGGCCACCGCCAUCGAGCUUUAGUUGGCUCGCUCCGAUCUCUUUCCUUCUGUGGCUCGAAAACUUUCGGCUUUCUUCGCACCGAAACUUCCUCUUCUUUUAUCCCAGACAACAACGACAGUCUUUGGAGUUCAUACAUUGCGUCGAGCAUGAGAGAUCGGAAGGUAAGCACGGGAAGCCCGCCGCGCGGUUCCAAACUGUUCGAUCUCUUCCACACCGACACAAUGAUCCAGUCCGAGGACGAGCUCCCCACCGACAGCGGCAGCAUUGCCCUCUCCACCACCGCUAGCCCUGGCUAUUACUCCGAUCGCAAUCCGACCAGCACCGGGGCUUCCCCUUAUUUUCUGUCUCCCUGGAACCCCGUGGCUGUCUCGCCCUUCGCCAAGUCCCCCUGGGCUUACCUCCCCCUCCUCUCCGACGAGGUCGCCGACCCCUGCGCUACCGGUCUGGUCGGGUCACUCGUUCGCGAGGAGGGGCACGUCUACUCCCUCGCAUCCGCCGGGGACAUCCUCUACACCGGCUCCGACAGCAGGAACAUCCGUGUCUGGAAGGGCCGCCGCGAGUUGUCCGGGUUCAAGUCCAGCAGCGGCCUCGUCAAGGCUAUCGUCGUCGCCGGAGACAGGAUCUUCACCGGCCACCAGGACGGCAAGAUUCGCAUCUGGAAGACCUCCUCGAAGAAUCCAGCCGUCCACAGGCGAGUGGGGACGCUCCCUAGGCUCAAGGACUUGCUGAAGAGCUCCAUCAACCCGUCCAACUAUGUCGAGGUGCGACGUCACCGCAACGUCGUGUGGCUUCGGCAUUUCGAUGCGGUUUCUUGUCUCAGCCUCGACGAAGAGGCCGGGAUACUGUACUCCGGAUCUUGGGAUAAGACGGUGAAGGUGUGGAGGAUUUCGGACUCCAAGUGCCUCGAAUCCAUCAAGGCGCACGACGACGCUGUCAACGCGGUAGCGACCGGGUUCGGCGGGUUGCUAUUCACGGGGUCGGCAGACGGGACGGCGAAGGUGUGGCGGAGGGAAGCGGCGGGGAAAGGAGGCGCCACCAGGCACGUCCUAGUGCAGAUGCUGCUGCGGCAGGAGAGCGCGGCUACGGCGGUGGCAGUGUCGGAGGCGGCCGGAGUGGUGUACUGCGGUUCGUCGGACGGGGCGGUGAACUACUGGCGCUGGCAAGGAUGGUGGCGGCAGCUGGAGCACGGCGGGAAGCUCCGCGGGCACCGGAUGGCGGUGCUGUGCCUCGCGGCGGCCGGGAGACUUGUGGUCAGCGGGUCCGCGGACAAGACCCUGUGCGUCUGGCGAAGGGAGGCGACGAGUGGCGACGGCUGGGACCACACGAAGCUGGCGGUGCUCGCGGGGCACCAGGGGCCCAUCAAGUGUCUGGCGGUGGAGGAGGAGGACGACAGCCAGGGCGGGGCGGUCAUCGCUGCUCCCGGGGGACCGCGGUACGUGGUGUACAGCGGGAGCCUGGACAAGUCGGUCAAGGUGUGGCGGGUGUUGGAGCGGGAGGCCACGGCGGGGGCGACGCCGGUGCGUGGACUGGCGGAGGCGGAGACCCCCGACGGAAAGCUGGGACGGUCGCCUCUGCGUGCCGGGGGUGGCGGAGCGGGGGCGCCCACGAGCGAUGGCGCGGCUUCGAGCACGCGGGCUGCCGCGUGAGCACACGUGAAGAUUUAGCCUGCUUGGUUUGUACAUCCUAACUGAGCCCGUCCUCCACAAGGCAAAGCAAAAGUACACGUUUUUCUGUUUCUUUUCUUCUUUUUUAUACAUCAGUGUGCAUAUUGUUGGAGAUAAGAUAUGGUAAGGAGAGCAGUGUAAGGUGAUUGUUUUAUGGUAAGCAUCCUUUUGUUAAGAAAAGGAGCUUAUUUGUUUGCAUUCAUAUAUAUAUAUAUAUAUAUGAAUUGCAUGUUAUUCUACACCUGAUUAAAAAUACAAAAAAUCUGAACAUAUGUAUGUCAACAUGAAAAGCGUUGGGUUGGAGGUGGGACCCAUAUGAAUCAGCAGGUAUUUAAUGAGGACGCCGACCCAACGCAAUCGAUGGCUGACGUGGAUUGAUAAGACGUGGAAUCACGGGGCCGCCAUGAACGCUCCUUCAAGGAGAUCAUUUUUGGCAGCGGAGACAAAAUGGCGAGCACACGUCGUCUUCAACAGUUAAAUCGAGUGCCGGUGUCAACGAAAUAUGAUUCGGUCAUGUCAACGUCUGAUUCCCCCCCAGUACUUAUCAGACGCAGCUCCAAUCGGAUACCGUCUGCGGAUGAUUAGAGUUAGUGGUACAAAGCGAUUCGAUUGGAGCUGUUGAUAUCACUGUCCAUUCAUGAGUCUCGAUGUUAAUCCAUUCAGCAGUUGAUAGACCAUUCAACGCUGUUGGCUCCUCCGAUCAAAGGUACAGUGACCUCAUAUUUGUUGGGAGUACUGUUUUGU